CUUCCAGCUCCACCUGCCUUCCCUGGGCAGGGAAGGGCAAAGCUCACAGGGCUGUACCCACUGCUCCUGCCCAUACCACUGGCUCUGGAGGGCCCACAAAAAUCUGAGUCUGGAAGAGGCCACAGUCCUCUCCGGUAUGAGACCAAGGCACCCCUGUGCCAGCCCAGCUCCUGGGAGGCAGCGGGCAUGGCUGUCAAGUCAGGAAUCCAAUCCCAGAGCCUCCCCUACAGACUUGCCCCUCUCUCUGUGGGGUUCAGGGUGGGCUCACAGCUGGGCUGUGGGGGCCCCGUCAGCUGGGAAACCCUGAGAGUCUGGGAGGAGGGAACAGGAGCUGACAGUGCCACACCCUCACCCACGUCUCGGUUCCGACUGAGGCAUGGAGCACUUCCUGUGCCUUUUCCAUUAUUUCACAAGCAGCCUCUCCUCACCCACCCUCGGGGCUGCCUGGGCAGAUGGCUUAUUCUCCUGGAGAGGGCAGGCGCCGGCUCAGACUCUGCUGGUCAGCGCCAUGGCCAAGACGCCUAGUGACCACCUGCUGAACACCCUGGAGGAGCUGGUGCCCUAUGACUUUGAGAAGUUCAAGUUCAAGCUGCAAAACACUAGCCUGGAAAAAGAGCACUCCCGGAUUCCCCGGGGCCAGCUGCAGAUGGCCAGGCCGGUGAGGCUGGCCACCCUGCUGGUCACCCACUAUGGGGAGGAGCAUGCUGUGCGGCUGACCCUGCAGGUCCUGCGGGCCAUCAACCAGCGCCUCCUGGCAGAGGAGCUCCACCGAGCGACAGAACAGGAGUGUCCGGCCGCAGGGAGGGCGCCCGGGAGCCCGAAGGCGGCCGAGGGCCCCGAAGGCGAGGGGCAGCGGCAGAGCGGGGACGGGGCGGCCAGCUCGCCGUCCGGCCAGCCUGAGGCUGGGCGGGGGCCCCAGAAGAAGCCGCAGGUCAAACGGAGGGAGCCGAAGUGCCUCGGCGUGGACGCCCAGGGCAGGCCGGGGGCCAGGAGAAGCCCCGUGCUGGGCCGGCCGCCCGGGGACAGGCCGGGCCCGACGAGUGCCCGGCUCCGCAGGAACGCCAGCUCGGCCGGGCGGCUCCAAGGCCAGUGCGGGGCCUACCCGGGAAAGACGGAGCAGAAGAAAUUGGAAGUGUAUUUACCUUCCGGAAAGAAGCGACCCAAAAGCCUCGAGCUCAUUUCUUCGAGAGACCGAGAACCCCCGAAUCCAGGAACUCUGCUCCCUCAGGAGGAGGCCGGGACCCGGAAGCCAGCCUCAGCAGCCACUCCCCGGGGAGCGGCCACUCACGAUGCGGAGGCUGCCCAGGCCCUCGAGAAGAGCUCCAGGAAUCCAGACCAUUCCCUGGCCCCGGGAGGGAGAACAGUCAGGAACACACUUGCCAAUGCAGCGCCGACUGGAGGAGGAAAACCUACAGCGCCCUGCGGGAAAAAGGGAACUGGGGACCCAGAGACCCCCGCGGCCGCGGGGGAGGCGGCAGAGGGUGCACCCCAGGAAGCCGCAGAUCCAGACCUCCUCCCCUCUGCAGGAAGGCCACAGGACAAGGCUGCAUGUCCCCUGUGCCACACCCAGGAAGGAGACCCAGUUGGUACUACCUGCAGGCGUGAUUCCUGCAGCUGCCCUGUGGCUCCUGCGCACCCUAGGGCCUCAGGUGGCCGCCUGCCCGGCUGCCCACACUGCCAGGUCUCGCUGGCAUGGAAGAGCUCCCGAGGGCUGAGCCCCCCGCCCCUGCCGCACUGUCAGCGCCACAUGAAGCAGCUGCUCUUCUGCGAGGACCACGGCGAGCCCACCUGCCUCAUCUGCAGUCUGAGCCAGGAGCACCGAGGCCACCGCGUGCGCCCCAUCGAAGAGGUCGCCCUGGAGUACCGGCACCCUGAGCUCUGCUCCGAGGCAGAUUUUCCUGGCCAGAGCUGGCACCAGCUGGUGACGGGAGCCGAGUGUCUAAACAAGUGCCCUUGCCAGGAGCAGAUUCAGAAGCAGCUGGAACAUCUGAAGCAGCUACGAAGAUGUGGCGAGGAGCGGAGGUCCCAGGGCGAUGAGAAGAUGGAGAAAUUUCUGAAACAAACUGAAACCCAGAGGCAGAGAGUCUGCUGCCAGCUGGAGCAGCUGUUCCAGUUUCUGGAGGAGCAAGAGCAGCUGUUUGUGGCCUGGCUGGAGGAGCUGGGCCAGACCAUCGGCCAGGUCAGGGAGAAAUACGGCACCCGAGUGUCCUGGAACAUUGCCCUUCUCGAUGAGCUGAUUGGGGAGCUGGAGGCCAAGCAGUGCAAAUCAGAAUGGGAGCUCAUGCAGGACAUCGGAGUCACCUUGCACAGUCUCAUCUUUAGGGCCAAGGCCGUGACUGUUCCUGAGCCGUGGGCCACUCCUCCCGAGGUGAAAGAAAAGAUCCAGCUGCUCUACCAGAAAUCCGAGUUUAUAGAGAAGAGCAUGGAGAGCUUCUCAGAAACACUGCGUUCAGAAAUGGAAACAUUCAACGUUCCAGAACUGAUCAGUGCUCAGGCACAUGCCGUGAAUGUGACCCUGGACGCAGAAACCUCCCACCCCAACCUCAUCUUCUCUGAUGAUCUGAAGAGCAUGAGACUCGGAAACAAGUGGGAACGACUACCCGAGGAACCAGAGAGAUUCGACAGCUGCAUUAUAGCCCUGGGCUCUCCCAGCUUCCUUUCUGGCCGCCAUUACUGGGAAGUGGAGGUUGGAGACAAGACAGCGUGGAUCCUGGGCGUCUGCAAGGCAUCCAUGAGCAGGAAGGGGAGCAUGAUUCUGUCACCAGAGAAUGGCUACUGGGUUGUAAUGAUGAAGCAAAAUGAGUACCGGGUCUCCACCUUCCCUCCAACCCGCCUGUGGAUGAGGGAGCUGCCCAGGCGUGUGGGCAUCUUCCUAGACUACAAGACUAGAAACAUUUCCUUUUACAACGUGACAGCCAGAUCCCACAUGUACACAUUCACCAGCUUCUCUUCUUCUGGGCCCCUUCAACCUAUCUUUAGCCCCGGGGCACAUGAUAGGGGGAAGAACAUGGGUCCUCUGACCAUCUGUCCGGUGGGUGACCAGAGACUUCGCUGAAUGCCUCACUGUAUCAUCUGGUUCCUGGCCUGUGUCUUGCAUUUACACAGCCAACAGUCCUUAGUGAACACCUCCUGGGUGCUGGGCGCCACAUGGAAUGUAAUGAAACCAAAGAGCUCACCAAAUUAUAGCAGAGGCUGGUGAGGGACGGAAAUGUUGGUCAACAAGGGUGAAGAGAACACACGUGCUGGCAACAUGAAGUGGAUUUCAGAGAAGGAAGUGUCGACUGUUGUGUAAUAACCCUUGUGUGAUUUAGCACUCCCAGAUGCUCCUGAGGCAAAAAAACAUCCUGCCCUUAUCUUCCCUCAGAACCUCAGGCAAGGACGUGUGCUCAUACUGAAUCUGCCCACUGUGAAGACAUGGGAUGCCAAGAUAAAAUACAAACAGACUGUACUGUAAUAAGAGUAUCUGUGUGCUUGGAUUAAUAAACAAAUUCUUAAAGAGAACUGGCUGGACCUCGUGAAUACAUCGAUUAUAGAAUUUGGUCAUAAUUUGUCACUCGGUUGAUCACUGUGGGAUGCAUCCUAUCUUCCUGCUGAAUAAAUACCAUCAAAGAGAUGGGGCUGCAGGAAGAGCACUCAACAAAAUUCCAAGAGACAGAGUAACCUGGCACGGUUUGACUCAGAAAAUCUGCGGGAUCUCAGGUGCUCUGGUUCACACAUAUCCCCUCCAUCAUGCUCUACUGAGAGAUGGAAAGAGAAAGGAUAAUAAACAGGAAAAAGAGAAUCAAAUAGAUCCUGUCCCAACUCCUCUUCCUACUCUCACCACUGGAGUCUCAGCCUCAUGGGCUCUCCAUGGACUUGACUACAGCAUGCACACACGCUCUGCUUUCUUCAUGGCACUUUAUUCUGCAUGUGGAACCCACAGGCUGACAAAACGCAUGUGCCCCAUUGCUUCACUGUUC